AUGAAACCACUCAAAUCUGAUCGCGUUCAAGAUUGGAACAAAAAGGACAUUCAAACAUGGUUAUCAUUAAACGGAUUAUCAGAAUACUAUAUUGAUUUUGUAGAAUGUGGAAUAACUGAUGGAUCUCUGUUGAAGAAUAAAAUUGGUGGAAUUUCGUCCGAACAAGAUUUGAAAAAUUGGGUUUCGAAUUUUGUAUUUGCUUUUGGUCACUUGAGAAAAUUAUACUCUGCUAUUAAUCAUUUAAAAGAUAACGCAUUUGUAUUUAAUAUGGAAAGUGUUAAUUUUGAAAGUGAAAGACAGAAAAAUGAUAAAUUGAGUGGUAAAUCAAGUAGUUUUGUGAGUAAAGCAACUGUUAUUGAUUCUGGUAUGAUUAGAAAUCGUGAUGUCAGAACAUUAACAGCUCACGAAGUUGUCUCACUUAUUAGAAACGAUUCUCGUAUUGUAAAAUUGAAAGAUGAAAAUUUGGGAAUUGGAGCUUGGUCAAAGGAACAUGAAGAAACAUUCCUUUCACACAAAAUUGAUGGUCAAAUUUUCAUUAAUAUUACAAAACCAUCCGAUUAUGGAGAUUAUGUUUUUGAUAAAUUGAGACCUGUUUAUUCAGAUGGUUUACGUGCUGAGCUUUUUGAAACUCUUACAAAAAUUUCACAAGAUAUUUAUGGUAAUGGAUAUAGAUAUGUUGAUCCAAUUGAUAGAAGUUCAACAACUGUUUCUGAUAUUAUUUCACAAUCAGGUCAAUCAUCCGAUAGUUCUUUUCCAUUGCUAACUCAUCAAGAACAAUUGGGAGUUAUCAUUGGUAAAAUCAGACAAUCAUCAAAGAAGGUUCAAAAUAUGAGCGAUGACGACUUGAAGGAAUAUGCAGAGAAUUUGUGUACUAUUGAAGGUCUUAAAAAGGCCUAUCUCAACAAGGAAUUUAAUGCUAUCAAGAAAUUAUUUAGUUCAAUGAGAAAUAUUUCACAACAUGGAUCUAAGGGAUUUUCUUUAAAUUCCAAAUCAGAAUCCAAAUCAUUGAUUGGUAUGACUGAUUCAGCCUCUCUUGAUAAACUUCCUUCCGACAUUGAAGAAGCUGAGGAAUUGAGUAAGAAACUUGCCACUCGUUUCAGAGAUACCAUCAAGGUCAAGUUGGUAAUUGCUGAAAUUGCCAAAAAUAAGAAGGAGAGAACUAUGAGAAGAUUACUCUCUCCAAUUAUGAGUUCAGUUUCCAUGUCUCCUCAAUUUGGUUUAUUCCACUCUGGUGUAAUUUUAGGACCAUGGUUGAUUGAGUGGAAUAGUAGUUCAUUGUGUAUUCCUCGUCGUUGUUAUAGUAAUGCAGCAACACUUGCCAUUGAUAUACAGGAAAUUUCCACAAAGAAUUUGGAUGUUGCUAUUGAAAAGGUUAGUCAGGUCAUUUCCGAAUGGAAUGUGCAUCGUGCCUAUUCUCAACACUCAUCCAAUUGUCAACAUUUCGUUGAUGAUAUUUGUAAAGCUCUUGGUAUCAAGAUGAACUUUUCAGGAUCCAUGCAACACUAUGUGGAAAAAUUGAGAACUAAGGGUUUGUGUAAUAUUAGAUGGAGAGUUCCUGAUGAUAUUAGAGAAUUGGUUGGAAUUAAGGAAAAGAAGAUUACAUUCUACACUCACAAACAAUUGGAUAUUCUAGUUUGUACAAUUCUCUCAAAGAUUCCAGAUUUCCAAGAAAAGUACGAGGAGGAUUACAUGUUAUUGAAGAGUUUCGAUCGUGCAUUUUGGUUACGUUCAUUCAAAUCUCCUCAAAAUGCCAAUUAUCAUGCCAUUACACCAGAGGAAAAUAGAAAAUACAGUGGAUUGAAGAGUGAAGACGAUGAUGAUAUGGGAGUUUUUGGAGAAUGUGAUGAUGAAGGUGAUGGAAAUGGAGAUGGAACAGGUUGUCCAUUUGGUCAUCCAGAAUCUCGUUCUUUCACUGCUGAUUGGUGGUAA